AUGCAUUGUAUUACGGAGACACGUGAAGAAAUAAGACAAGCUGCACGAUUCAAUUCAUCUCGUACUUGUGCAAUCAGGAAGACAUUGCGAUCCAUCGAAGAAGAAUGCGACUGCUCUAUCGCACGUGCAUUCACAUCUGAACCCAUUUCGCAUCAUAAAUCGUGCAAUGUGGACGACUAUUUUGGAUGUGUACGUGGAGUAGUCGAUAAAACAAUGGAAAGAGGCUCCGACGGCGAAUGCUUGCCCAGUUGCGAAAGUGUAGACUAUAUCGCUUGGCAGGAUAUGAAUAUACUUCCACAACAUCUCAUGCCAGCUCUCAUCGAAGGACAUGAGGAAGAUGACGAAGAAGAGGUGGAGCAGGAUGACAUCGAAGAAGAUAAAUACCUAGAGAUUACGAAUCGAACCUACGAAACGUUCUUUCAAUGCGAAGAGAACAACUACUUAGACCCUGUGCAGGUU